AUCUACAGGUCCUACGUGAUUAUGAAUUAGUGACAAGUGACAGUGAUAUGAAAUACAUAAUUGGCUCGUGAUUAACUGUGAUUGAAAUGUUCAACAAUAAUAAUAUUGACUGAUGUGAUAGUUUGAUAGCAUUUGAUAACCGUUUUUAUACUUUACCGUAACUUUUAAAUAAUCGUCAUGACUUCUCCGCAACGUUUGCCGAAACGUUCAUCGCUGAAAAGAUCGUCGAAAAAUCGGUCGCCUUCUUCUUCAGUCAGGAUCAACAGUUUAACGUCGUUGACUUCGUCUUAUCACCACCUACAUGGACAACGCAAAGCGACUCUCAACGACAAUGAUUUUCUCCUCAAAAGAGGAGGAAUUAAUAAUAAUGCCACUAUCUCUGCCGAUGAUGAUUGGGACACUAGUGUUACUCUUCCUGUUGAACUGAAUAUUAAUAAAGUGUUGAGACCUCAUGACAACUAUAGCAAGGUGGUUGGAUCACAGUGCAACGGUGUGUUAGCCCGGCUGCUGGGAUGGCCUUCCAAGGAAGAAGUCACCGGACCCGAGACGAAGGAGCAGGAUGAGAAGAAAACGCCUGAGACGUCGGUGUCAGGGGACGGUGUGGUUCAGAAGUGGGGCACAGAGUACAAUGUGUGGCACAGUGUUGGACCUAUUCACUCCUCCAUGUCAUCAUCUUCCUCGGCACAAACACCUAUAAAGCAGGAUGACGCAGGCAGCCGUAGCUACUCAGGCCAGCAGCAGCUGGGAGCCAAAGUGGAGAUGGUGUACAGUCUGCUGUCGAUGCUGGGCACCCACGACAGGGAGAAGAUGACCACCACACUGCUGGCCAUGAGCAGCUCACCCGACAGCUGCCAGGCCAUGCGACAGUCUGGUUGUGUGCCGCUACUGGUGCAGCUAGUGCACGCGCGCGAGGAGAGCACAGUGGUGCGCGCGCGCGCCAGCCAAGCACUACACAACGUGGUGCACUGUCACGCCGACGACAAGCGCGGCAGACGCGAGGCGCGCGUGCUACGGCUGCUGCAACAGCUCAUCGAUUUCGCCGACGCGGCACUUGCAGGCGCGGACGCGGAAGCGGAUGGGGAAGCAGGAGUGAAGGAGGCGGAAGCAGAAGUGAAGGAGGCGGCUGAUGACGCACAUCCGGCCGCAGCUAUUGCCGCGCUCAUGAAGCUCUCUUUCGACGAGGAGCACCGGCAUGCCAUGUGUCAGCUGGGUGCUUUGCAUGCCAUCGCCACUCUCAUACAGGUUGACGCAGAGGUUCACGGCAGUGACACGAGUGGCCAGAGCUGUGUGACGGUGCGUCGCUACGCUGGCAUGGCGCUCACCAACCUGACCUUUGGAGACAGCAACAACAAGGCACUGCUCUGCUCGCUGCAACCGUUCAUGGUCGCCCUAGUCGCGCAGCUGAAGUCGCCCAGCGAAGAUCUCAGACAGGUAACAGCCAGCGUCCUACGCAACCUGUCGUGGCGAGCUGAUGCGACAAGCAAGACAACGCUGCGGGAUGUCGGAGCCGUGUCGGGUCUGAUGCGUGCCGCUAUGCAGGCCAAGAAGGAGUCCACCCUCAAGUCCAUUCUGUCCGCGCUCUGGAAUUUGUCGGCGCACUGCAAUAUGAACAAGGUUGAAAUUUGUGCAGUGGAGGGAGCUCUGCAAUAUUUAGUGGAAAUGUUGAGUUUCCAAGCACCGUCCAGAACUUUGGCAAUAGUUGAAAAUGCUGGCGGCAUUCUACGUAACAUUUCCAGUCAUGUUGCACUCAGAGAAGAUUACAGAGCUAUUCUGCGCGCGCACAACUGUUUGCCACUGCUGCUGCAACAGCUGCAGUCGCCCAGCCUGACAGUGGUGAGCAACGCGUGUGGCGCGCUGUGGAACCUGUCGGCGCGAUGCACGCUCGAUCAACGCGCUCUCUGGGAGUUGGGCGCAGUCCCGAUGCUGCGGUCGCUCGUCCACUCCAAGCACCGCAUGAUAUCUAUGGGCGCGUCGGCUGCACUCAAGAAUCUGCUCGCGUCAAGGCCGGACGCCGAUAUAUUCGAUCGCACCUCCAGAGGUAUGCCGACACUGCUGGUUCGCAAGCGACGAGCACUUGAACAGGAGUUGGACUGCACUCUGUCGGAGACGUGCGACAACAUAGAGUCACCCGGCCGCUGGGACAGUCACGAGAGUGUCACCAGCACUCACUCCGAGAACACAUUCGACCGAAUGUCCCGUUCCCACCACUGUCAACGCUCUGGCUCAUUACAGCUGAUGAAAAGAAGCGGUAGCAACGCAUCUACGCCUACAGAUGGAAACCGCGAUCAAAACCAACUGGAAAGUCAGAUGCAGCGCUUGAAACUCAAUGAGUCGGCUCUGUCAUCUGUCGCAUCAUCUGGCAACAGUUUAUACAACACUAAUAACUCCACCAGUAUCACAAAUUCCUCUGCCAAUAGUGACGCUACUACUAACAGAUGCACCGAUAAACCGUCUACAAAACCUGACCUCGUUGAAUCAACGACACCGGAAGAGAAACCAGUAGACUACAGCUGCUCGAAAGAAGACCGAGGUGACGAGAAGAAGAGCACCAGUCUGGAGAGACGAAAGCUGGCGCAACGAGAAGGCGAGAAAUCGGUGAAAAGUCGGCCUAAUUCGUCGAGCGGUCAGUUACCAAGUGAGGAGGAUCGUCUGAUCGCUGAGGAGGAUCAUCUGAUCGCUGAGGAGGACGUGGAUAUGCCGACGGACUACAGUCUCAAGUACCAUGAGGGUGGCGACAAUAAGGCUCGUGAAGAGUUGGAUGAUCGCUAUCAGAAGCAGGCUGAUUAUAACCUCAUGGUCCGCUAUCGCAGUUGCAAGUCGCCUGAGGGCGUUUCCGCUGAAGCUGAACUAGACCAGCCCACCGACUAUAGUUUGAAGUACAGGGAAAGUGGCGGUCAUGAAGGAGAGAAGCGUAACUGUGUGGACAACCGACAUGAGAUAAUUGAGAACAGCGGCCAUUACGCCGAGACCGACCUGGAUGAGGCUCUCGACUACUACACCGAAGAUAAGGUGCAGACCUACUGCACUGAGGGCACGCCCUAUGCUUUCUCCAAUGCCACAUCCAUGUCCGAUCUCAGGGUGUCUGAGAAUAAUGAAACUCCUGCUGAAAAGAUAACGACGGUUGAGGCAGCUCUAGACCAACCGACCGACUACAGUUUCAAGUACAGGGAGAACAGCGAAGGCGAGAAGGAGACGGAGUCAGUCGGUUGCCAUGACAACGAGACCAGCGGCCAUUACGCCGAAACCGACCUGGAUGAGGCGCUCGACUACUACACCGAAGAUAAGGUGCAGACCUACUGCACUGAGGGCACGCCCUAUGCUUUCUCCAAUGCCACAUCCAUGUCCGAUCUCAGGGUGUCCGAAGCCAAUGAACCAACCCCUGAAAAGUUACCAAAGGAAGAGCGUGUGGACGGUGUAAAGAAGGCUAGCACUCCCGUGGGAUCGCCAGCCAAUGGCUCCCAAGCAGCAGAAUCACAGCAGACAGCUAAUAUCACACCGAAAGAGGAAAAUAGAGAAAAUAAAGGAGCAACCCUCGAAACACCUCUAAUGUUCUCUCGAAGCAGCUCUCUGGGAUCUCUCAGCAACUGUGAGCCUCCUGACGGCUCAGUUGGCUGUGAAUUCAGUCGUUUCACUAGCGGUGUGGUAUCGCCGUAUGAUUUACCAGAAUCACCUCUACAAACAGGUCCAUCUAGUCCACGCAACAUUAAGCCAUCACCACAGCAACCAGCAGGCGGCGGUAAAGUGGUGACCUUCGAGACACCGCUGAUGUUUUCGCGCUGCAGUUCGCUGGGUUCGCUGAGCAGCUGUGAGCCGCCGGACAGUUCGGUGGUGAGCGAGUUCAGUCGGUUCGCGAGCGGCGUCAUUUCGCCCACCGAACUGCCAGAUUCGCCCACGCAGACAGGCCCGCCCAGUCCCCGUCACGUCAAGCCGAUGCCGCAACCGACUGCUGUUGGUAAAGGAGUGGCCACAGCCAAUGGCCACCCAAGCAGUGUUUUUGAGGACACUGUGGCCGCGUUCAAGGAGGAGAGCACCCCUCAACAUUUCUCCACCGGAACAAGUCUCAGCUCUCUAACCUUCGAUGACGAGCCCACACCUCUACAACAACAGAUGAUCAAACAGCAGCAACAACGCAUCAACAACACUAGCAACAGCAGCAGUAGUGUGGCUCCCAACUCCACUUCCUCCUCAUCAGCGGCUGGCAAUGAUGCCAACAUGAAGGCUGAGGUGGACCCGGCUGUGCUGGCACUGGCCCCUGUCAGUGAGGAGGAAGACGAGGAUGAUAUGUUGGCUGCCUGCAUCAAUAUCGGCAUGCAGAAUAGUAAUCGACAGCGCAGCUCGCAUAUUUCGAAGCCGACGCCACUGAGCAGACUGCCCAAGCCACGUCACAGCGGCAUUCCGGUCAAGGCAGCCGCCGGGAUAACACCCCCUGGUCAUCACCAGCCCAGCAGCUUCAAUCAACGCAAACUUCACAAUCCUCAGCAUCAGCUCAUCAUUGACUCCGAGGUUAACGAAGACAGUACAACUGAGUUCUGCACUGAAGGUACCCCGGCUAAUAUUAGUCAUGCCACAUCACAUUCCGAUCUCUCCAUGCUCUGUGCAUCGUCCGAUGACGACCAUGAUAACAACAUGGUUGCCGAAUGCAUACGAUCAGCCAUGCCACAGGCGCGAAAUUCAAAGAGCGCAGUCAAGAUAGAACAGUUGUCUGUCAGCAAUAAGCAAACGAAUGAAAAGCAGAAGGAAAUCAUCGACACCAGAGUGAAAAUGCGAACACCCAAGUCAUCUCCACAACAGCAGACCCCAAUUGCCUACAACAGUCCACGCGUUAAGGACAUCAAACUGGAAUGUUUCGCAGUUGAAGGCAGCCCAGGUGUAUUCUCCACUCGCUCUUCACUCAGUGACCUCACUAUCAACUCAGUUCCAAAAAGCAGAGAAAGAUGUCCUGUGUCUCCAGCACCUGAUGAUGGCCUAUCACCACUUAGUUCCUUAGAACCAGAAGUUACAGUGCUAUCACGCCAACCUUCAACCGGUUCACUGGACGGCGACUGGACCGAGGAGCAAGCGCUAUUGCAGCAGUGCAUCUCGUCAGGAAUGCCGCCUCCGUCUCAACCGCCCCUGUCUCAACCGCCCCCGGCAAAAAACGGGCUCAGGCCGCCGGUGGCAGUCACCGCCCCCGGCACCGUAAACACCGUCACCGUCGCAGCCACCCCCACUCACACACAACCAACUAGUGCAAGGCAUCAACAAAAUCAGCAACAAACAGCGACAGUAGACCGCAUGAAAGAGAGCGUAGACACGUGGAACGACGAUACGUCUCCUAACGACGUGUCCUUCCCCAGCAUCAGCGUGACGACGCCACUCAUCAGCUCCUACAAGAGCGCACUGGGCGACGCCGAUGAUGAUGAAGCCGACGACCGCACUGAGGCCGAUGCCUACGUGUCGCUGCCUGUGUCGACGGUUACCAGAGGGCUCGAAGAAAUGUCGCUCACCGACUCUAGUAUUAUACAGCUCGAGGAAGGCAAGGUGGCAAUAAUCGCGAACAUGGAAAUGGAGGCGAGCUACCUCUCCGACCUGGAUUCAGUGCGACCGCCUUCAGCCAUGGGCAGUCUUCUGUCCCUCACUCAGUCGAUGAGCGUUUCCGAGGCCGACCGACGAGCCAAUCAGAGCGUGAGCAUGUCGGAGGCCGACCGGAGAGGAGGACGAGGUCCUAUGCGGGGGCUCGUCGCUCGCCGUGCCCUCGCCGACUCCAGUCUCAGCUGGAACAACAUUGACAGCAUCAAACCGCCGUCUGGCAUGGAUGAGCUUUUGGACUUGGAGAACAGCAUUCUGAGUGUGGCAAGCAUUACCUCAGAGAUAGCCGACUCUCCUCACUCAUGUUCGGAAGACGUGACUCUGGCCGAGACAUUGGACUCGAAUCUCGAUCUUCCUCAGUCGCCUCAGCCUCAGAAGAGGAUCACGCCCAAACAGAAACGACAAAAUGUCAAAGACAGGUACAACACGUACACCAUCAACCCGGACCAUCUGCAGAACGGUGUCACAUCGGAGGCAACCGAACCAGUGACAUCAUCACAGCCCGAUGACGCUGAUGACGUCAUCAUGGCUAGUAGUCCGAAAGUGCAGCGCAUGACGCCGAAGCAGCGCCGUCUAGCGGACAAGGAGCGAUUCAUGACGCGCACUCUUGGAGUGGAGGGGGUAGAGCAGAUGGGAGUGGAGGGGAUGGAGCAGAUGGUGGUGGAGGGGAUGGAGCAGCUCAGUCUGGAGGUGGAGGGGGUAGAGCAGAUGGGAGUGGAGGGGAUUGUGACAAGUACGGGAGUUUCCCCUCCUUCUCCGCCCGCAACCCCUCGCGACAGUCUCAAGUCGGUCGACUCGGCCGAUGAAUUGAUCAGUGGUGAUGAAGAAGAAGAUGGUGCAGAGGUGGAAAAAGCGAAACCGCGAGUGGUGAAGCCGUCUGGUGCCCAAUCAAUGGCCGAAGUGAAGGCGAUCAGAGGCCGUAAAAAGGUGCGCAGUGGAAUUCCUAUCUCGGCCAAGGUGUCACCGGCUCCCCCUGUCCCUCCUGUCACCAAGAAGACAGCUAACUCAGCGAUUCCUGCCCCCAGCCCACCUGUACUACAGCGGCAGGGCACCUUCACCAAAGACGAGCCAACCACCCCGCCUCCCUCGGGCAUCCCGGUGCUAUCGAAGAAAGCGUCUCCGAUCCGCACGCUGGUGAAGAAGAAGGGCACCGCCGCGACGCCACAGAACAGCAAGACGCCGACACAAAGUAGCAAGACGCCGGCCGCAGUUCGCUACUUGGCCGGUAGAGGUCGCGCCGGCAGUCUGCCGCGAUCUGAGCCGCCCAAGAAACCGGCGCUCGGCGUUCGAAGUUCAGUCAGCAACCAGAGUCUGAAGAGCGAGACUCUGAAGAGUGAGGCCAGCGACUCGGCAGCAGGACCCGGCAGUGACUCGAGUCCUAGCCAGUCUCGAUGGAGUAGCAACUCGAACCUCGCCGCUAGGAAAGACGCCAAUAAGGUUAGCGACUCGAGUCUCACGCGGCAGCGACUCGGCAGCGGGGAAUCGAGUCCUCGCUGGAGUAGCAAUUCGAACCUUGUCGCCAAAAAGGAUGCAACCAGCAAGAUUGCGAGUUUGUGGAAGAAGGUGGAGGACUCGAAGCGCAAAGAUACCGUCGGAAAGGAUACGCGAGUCUGGAUUGCUGCUCCUUCUAAACAGGCUGCCUGAUCUUCCCAGAACAGCCACGGCACUCUGUAAUUUAUUCAAGUGACAAACAGUGGCAGCAGCAAAUAAUUGAAUAAUUAUCAGAUCUUUAUUCAACUUAUAAUCAAUCACUCAUCAGAUACUUUACGAUAUUCAGCAUGUGAAGGAUAUUAUUAAUAGGCUACAAAUAAGAAAUGCUCUCAACCUCGUCUUCUUUCAUUUUUUAUUUUUUGAUGAGCUAUAUCACGUUUGUCAACUUUGGAAAAUAUUAUUUGAAUAUCUUUUGAGAUUUGUGGAUCACCAUUUAUAGAAUAUGUGGUUUAGAAUGUAAAUACACUAUCUUACUGAAAAUAUAUCAAUGCUUUUGGUAACUCUCACAUUAUUCCAUUAAUUUGAAGUAGCUAAAUUAUUUUAAUGAACUUGAAACUUUUCAUUUUGUCAAUGGAAAGACUGAAUAUUGUUGAAUACAUGAAUUGUGUAUACAGUAUUGUGUCCGCUGUGUUGAAAGGCAAUUAUUUGUCUUGAAUAUUUCUUAUGUUUUUUAGGUUGAAUAAACUAUUACAAAGGGCUAUUCAGUUUAUUGAAAACUCAUGAAAUCUAUAUAGUAUGCUUCUAGUGUUCUAGGGUAUGCAUUGAUCAUAUUGGUUCCUCAUACUAAUAUUGUACUACUCAUCAGAAAAUAUUUUUGCAUAACUUGAUAUUCCAUAAAAAUAUUAGCUAUUAAAACCCUUUUAUAUAACGUCGAUGUGAUAUGUUGAAUAUCGCAAAGUAUACAUUUCUUUUGAGUGAUAAAUCACAUUGCAAAAACAUUAUACCCCGCUACAAUAGGAGAUUGAUAUUUAUAAAAGAGCUUAUUAUUUGUUAUAUUUAUACUAUUUAUCUCAAAAUAUUCUGUAAUUUCAAAUCUAUAUAAAAGCCUCAUAGAUAUUAUUUAUUUGAAUGCCAAAACUAUUUUAUAUUAUAUCUUGUGUUAUAUAGUUAUCAUUUUUCCCAGUGUAAAUAAAGUGGAAGUAAGUUCCCUGUAAAAUAUAAUUAAUAAAUAUUAUCAGUGUAUUGAUUAAUAUAUAGAACGGUGCACUAUGGAAAGUAUACUCUAAAAUAAUUGUAUUGCUAAUUACAUGCUUCAUAGUGAAUUCCUAGAUCAUUCAAAUAAACUAUUCUGGUCAGUUUUUGUUCUAUAUGAUUUAUUACACAUAUUAGACAAUUAUGCUCUCUGUAAAAAAUUUCCUAGAAAUUCCUAUUGAUUUCAGGGGUUUUUCCAAUUCAUCAUUGUUUAUUUAUUCCUCUCACCCAAGUUAUUUUUGGAAAAUCAAAGUGUUUUAAUUGAUAAUUAAAUAAAAAUGAACGAGUAAGCUGCUAAAAUAUUUUACAAUGUUACUCAUAAUCAUUGGCAAAUUAUAGAUCUCAAUACUCAAUAGUAUAUCAAAAUGUAAAGAUUCAAACUUCUGCUAUUCCAAUAAGCGUUGCAACUAUACUAGCAAUUAUAAAUUAUUAUUGAUGUUCAAUGGUUGAUUUUCUGCAUCUUUAUACCAAUCGCAAUUCGAUCGCAAGUUUACUGUAUUUUCAUUGUCUGUUUAAUAGAGAAAUUAUUAUUGAAUACCAAUUAUAGGUGAAUCUAUAGCCUCUAAUAUAUUUGUAUCAAUAAAAAAGUAAAAUGGUUACAUAUUAUUACUUUUCAAAUGAAAUAAAGGUUUUUAAAAUUCUCAAUGAACUUCCAUUUAAAUAACAGUCGUGCAAUAAUUUAUUUUUCGUGUAAUUCAGGUGUUUUGUCUUGAGUUAUUCACUCUGUUUAAGACCCUAGAACUCUUAUAAGUUCAAGGUUUCAAAUAUUAUCCUGCAUUUCUAAUUUUAAGACUGAAAUGUUAGAUUGGAAGUGAAGAACGUUUUUUAGAUUAGAUAUUAAGUCGUGCUUUUAAAUUAAUAUCAUCGAUGUGGAAUUAAUUUUAUGCAUUUAUUUUAUUUUGUCUUCGUUGAAGGGAGAGUGAAUUUUUAUUUUUAUCGUAUAAAUAUCCAAGUUGUAGAUUAUGUUCAUAGAUGAGUCACGAACAAUAUUAUGUUACUUGUUAUUUUGCACAAGUAUUGUAUCAAAUGCAAAAAUCCUAAAAAUAUAAUAUUGCAUUUUA